AUGUACGAAGGGAUUGACAACCUGAAAUCCCUUUACGACCGUGCCGGGAAGACUUUCUCCGGCGGUCCUUCUACGGCACAGGAUGUGCCGCGUCGUACUGCUCAACCAGACCCAGUACGUCAAUCAUCAGUUGGGAGCGGGGCUCCCAAGAAUCCCAGGACGGGGGAUAGCCGCGCCACCGGACGAGAUAACUCGUCCGACGUCCGUUCACGUCGUGGUAGUUCAACAGCUGCUCAACCAGAUAGCUCUGGCCACCGCGAGAGUCCUCUAAUGGAGGUAGAGGAGGAGGGAAGACGCUCUCCACACAAUUGUGGGGAAGCGUGUGCUCCCGAGAGCUUCUUUGAUCGCGUAACGCAAGGGUUACGCGGCGAUCUCGAACAUGAGCGGGACAGGCGUCUCCAACUGGCGGACACUGUCUUGAAGCAUCGAGCUAAGUUUGCCUUUGCUCAGCUUGAGAACGAGAGAGCUCUUAAGUCUCUGCGUGGCGAGAUAAGGGUUGCUCGUGGAAUUGUUGAUCGGUCUCGAGCUGAGAUAGCUGCUCUUCAGACCCUUGUCGAUGCCCACCAUCGGGAGCACAAGGCUCUCUGCGAGAUGCUUGAGCGCAAGGGAGUUCUUUAUCGGAAGAAGCAGCGUACUGAUGGUACGGCUUAA